GACACAGAUGGGGGAAGCCAGUGAACUUGCGUGCGUUUGCAGCGGCGCAGAAACACCAACCAACAGACGCACACAUGCACAGGACAGGAGGGAGGGACGGACAGAGAGACCGAGACAGAGAGAGAAAGAUAGAGAGAAAGAGAGGAUGUGUUAUCUGAGAGGACACGCGGGGGGAGAGAAAAAUGAACCGGACAGAAUUUCGCAAUCCUCGCGCAGUUUUCCUCUCCAAGAAAUUUCAUAUUUGAGGAAUGACAUGCUGUAACGCCCGCUAACACGCCUAGCGUUUUAUGACCAUAUGUCUGGAAGUAUUCUCGUAGUUAUGGUACGGCUGUGGAGAACAACGUUCCGACAAGAGCUGAACAUUUUCUUAGCUGUCACUUCACUAAAGUCGGUUUAGAUAACCUUAGCUAGGUUUAUCGUUUGGCGAGUUUUUAAGCCAAAUUAGUUAAUUCAAAUAACUUAAAUCGGCUAUUGACGUUUUUAAAACUUAUUUUUAAAGUACAAAAGUGGAUAAAUGCAGGAGAAAUUUAGUCCAAGUAUAGGCAGUAUGCAACCAGCUGAUAAUUGCGGCCCCGGGGCACCGGUUGAAGGGAACGUAAUCAAGGACUUAUCUGAAACCCAGUAUGGAGCGCUAUCUAAAAGACGCCUGCUCGUUGGCUUGGACUUACUUUGCUUAUUUGUAGCCUCUAUCCCGUUCUUUGCGUGCGAGCUCAAGGCAGUGCCUCCGUACCGACGGGGCUUCUUCUGUGGCGAUGCCAGUAUCACCUACCCCUACCUGGACGAUGAGGUCAUACCCGACGGACUCCUCGUCGCUGGGGGCAUCAUCAUCACCGGGCUCACGAUCGCUCUGGGUGAGUGUUACCGGGUGCGUUUCCGCGGCGUCCACUCCAAAGCCUUCGUGCAGAACCUGUAUAUCUCCUGCCUCUACAAGGAGCUGGGCAGCUUCAUGUUCGGCUGCUGUGUCAGCCAAUCGCUGACCAACAUAGCCAAGCUGAGCGUGGGCCGCCUGCGACCUCACUUCCUGCAGGCGUGCGGCGUCACCUACGCGUCGCUCAACUGCACGCCGGGGGCCUACAUGACGUCGGUCAGCUGCAGAGACCCUGAGCUGGAGGAGGAGGCCAGGAAGUCAUUUUUCUCAGGCCAUGCUUCCUUUGCCAUGUACACCAUGCUCUACUUAGCUUUCUACCUGCAGGCGCGUCUGUCGUGGCGCGGGGCGCGUCUGCUGCGGCCGCUGCUCCAGUUCCUGCUGGUCAUGCUGGCCGUGUACACCGGACUCAGCCGCGUCUCCGACUACCGCCACCACCCCACCGACGUGCUCACUGGACACCUGCUCGGGGCCCUCACCGCCUACUGGGUGGCUUGUCACAUCUCCACCAUGUUCAAGAACUCCCAGCUGCCUCUGGACAACACACUCUCCAGCCAAACUGUGUGUUAGCAUGGAUAACAACAACAACUUGUCAACACAAGUGUCCUCCGAUGGUCACCGUAACACACACACACACACACACACACACACACACACAAACACACACACACGCACACACACACACACACACACACACACACACACACACACAGACACACACACAUGGGUGACCAUUCGUACGGUUUUCGUCUGGACAGUCCAGCUUUCAAGCCCUUUCACUGGACCUAAGUAGCAUGUGUUCUACAUUGACAUGCUCCUCUACAACGUCUUCAAUAGUAUGAAUACAAUCUCCACUGGGUGACUGUAGCAACAGAGCCAACCACCCCACCCCACCCCACCCCACCCUACCCCGUCUCAUUUUUGGAGAAACGUUUUUGGAGAAACUUUUGAAGUUAUUUGCCCCUUUUGUCCUUGUCUUUUCAACACAAGUGUCCUCUGAUGGUCACCCUAAUACACACGCACACACACACACGCACACACACACACACACGCACACACACACACACGCACACACACACACACACACACUUUCCAUAGACUGCCUUAUCGCAUAAAAUGGAGCCCUGUUCUGCAAAGGCAACAGCAUGUGAGGCCAUUACGUUGACCAGCCAAUAUAUACUGUGUUACACAUUGGUUUUUAAAGCACAAUGACUUCAUCAAGCCUUAGAGAUGAUGAAGUGUACGAAUGUUAUCUUCAGAAUUGUUUUAUUACUCUAAUGGAUAAAUAUAUAUAUAUAUAUAACUCAACUGUUAUUAAUAUUUUUGUUUUAAACUGUGCCUUGAUAAUCAGAGACGAGUCUGUCCGCAUCUACAGUCUUCAUCAUCUGUUCCCCAGGAGUCUUCCUCAUGAGAACUCGACUCAAACUUGUAAAAUGUUCUUGUUUGUUUGUUUGUUUGGUAAGAAUUCCGCCCACCCCCAAAAAGCCACUGCCAGCAACGCAACGGUCGAACGCAGUUCAGGAAUCCAGCGAGUAUUUUUUUUAAGAAUUUAAAGAUGCCAAAACAAGACAGAAGGACAGAACUCUGGACUUUGGAACAUUCUACAGUUAUCUUUUUU